CCAGGAACACGCAGUAUGUUGGCUGCAGAGGUGGUCAUAGAUGUUUGGUUGAUUAGUGAAUACCCGCAGAUGGAGCGUAUCCGCGAUUACAGCACGCUGCCCCGACUGACAGUAAACGGCAUGAGCGACAGGAGUAGUUUACAAUGAGUGCCUAAAUGAGUUUGCUAUAGACGCCGUUUAUGGUGUAGUACUUUAAUGACCAUUACAUGACCUUCGCUACGGUUACGCGGUUCAUUCAAAGAAUCGGUCGCCGCACUCAUAACUGUUAAUAUGUUACGGCGAGCCACAACAAUUUACAGGAGACUCAGGACUCUCAGUGUCCUGGGUCGCUGUCCCAGGCGCCAUCAGAGCAUCUCCGCUCCUGAGAGAGCGCUUCAGUAUGCGGUGGGCCAGAGGAUCCACGGCUUCACCAUCACUGAGGUGACUGCCGUUCCAGAUCUGUUCCUAACUGCAGUGAAACUCACCCAUGAUUCCACUGGAGCCCAGUAUCUUCAUGCGGCCCGCGACGACAAGAACAACCUCUUCAGGCAAGACGAGUGA